CUCUGUCACCUCAUCUCACAUCCAUAAAACAACUCAGAAUCAGAGAGCACCUAACCUUAUCUCUUUUUCUUUUGCAUACUAUCACUAAUGGCUCUUCCCCCAAAAUUUUCGGGUCAAAGAUUGCGGGCUGGUACUGAUCAACACCCGCAACACACGCUUGAACUCUAUCUUGACUAUGCAUGUCCUUUCUCCGCAAAAAUGUUCGAUACGUUCUACAACUCAGUCAGGCCUACACUUGAAAGCCAAUACCGGGGCAAACUGCAGGUCAUUUUUCGCCAACAUAUCCAACCCUGGCACCCAUCAUCAACAUUAACGCAUGAAGCGGGCGCGGCUAUUCUGAGAGUAGCCCCGGAGAAAUUCUGGGAAUUCAGUGCUGCUUUAUUCAAACAACAGAAAGAUUUCUUUGAUGUCAGUGUGGUUAACGAAACACGCAAUAGAACAUAUGAAAGACUGGCAAAGAUUGCCGGACUUGUGGGAGUGGAGGAGCGAGAAGUGCUCAAGCUUUUGACCGUUAGCGACAGAGCUAGUGAUGGCGGGGAACUGAACAUCGGCAACGAUGUCACCGAUGAUAUCAAGAAAAUGGUCAAAGCAGACCGUGCUGUAGGAGUCCAUGUUUCUCCGACCGUAUACUUCAAUGGUAUCGAAGAACCGGGGAUCAGUAGCAGCUUUACUGCUACCCAGUGGGGGCAAUGGUUGGCCAAGAACGUGAUCUGAAAACCCCUUCUAGACAAAAGGAUCCUGCAAAUAGAAUAUAGGGGUGGCUGGGCACAGUAAAACCGUCGUAUUGGUGGCAGUGCGUGGUGGCUUAGUCGACAAACGAGGUAUUUUCUAGCAGCAUUGAAUUAUAUUGUCGAGACUUCAUGCAAAAAGCACCUGAUUGCCUAAGAACAAUCUCACUUAUGCAUACCCCGCACCUUAUUUAGCGGCCGUUUGCUCGUCCAAGUAAUGGGGAAAUGAGUAGAGAAAGGCUAAAUAUUGAACAUCGAACUCGAGGUAUAUUUACUGUGACAUUGGUGGCUGG